AUGUUUUAUAAAUGCUUAAUAAAAAAUCGUGAAUUGGGCUAUGAGAGAAUAUUUAUAUCAAAUAUAAGUUGGAAACAAGGAUAUCCCGAUUAUAAACUUCAAACAUUAACUGAACAUACUCGACACAUAUUUAUUGGAUUUGCUUCAGCAUUUUUAAUAAUUUCAGUGGUAGCAAAUAUUGCAACAAUUAUUGUGAAUACAAGAAGGAAAAUGAGAAUGUUUUUUCGAAUUAUGUUGUAUUCAUUGGCUGCCAGUGAUCUUAUUACUACAAUAUUUUCAACAACAGGUUAUAUAUCACAGCUUUCAACUAAAUACAUUCAAAUUUGGCAUUUGGGAGAUAUUAUGUGCGCCUGUAUACCAUUUAUGUCAACAGCUGCAAUUUUAAUUAAUAGUAUGACAUUAGUUGGUAUUGCAUUUGAUCGUUAUAUGGCUGUAGUUAAAGUUGUCUCUGGUGUUAAUUGGGAGCCGGGUAUUUUAUGUUGUUUUGCGUUUGUUAUUUUAGUAUGGGGUACAGCAGCUGGUUUAGCUAGUCCAAUGUUAAUGUCAUAUUAUACUGGAACAAUUCUCUUGAUCAUUACUAAUCCUAAUGAUCCAAAUCAAUGUGUUGAAGCAAAGAGCGUUGAAAUGUGUGCGUCAGAUAAGGCUUUAAAUUCAUAUUAUUUUAUAAUUAUAUUUUCUGUUGUAUUUGUACCAACGGUUUUAACUUUCAUUUGGUUGAAUAGUGUCGUCGCGAUUGAAAUAUGGAACCGACAUAAAUUUAAUAACAGUGAAAAUACCGUUGAAAAUUCAAGCGAAACAAGUAGUUCAACGAAAAAUUUAGCAUCACCAUCCACCUUAAAAACUACUUUAGAAAAUAGUACAAGUAAUAUUGCGGAUAUAAAUGAUAUUCAAAACAAAUUGGAUGAUACCAACGUUAUAGUUUCCGUUAAUAUUUCCAACAUUCAAUCAACAUCAAAACAACAUCAAGCUAUUGAAUCCGAAAUUAUUUCAACGACAGUCGGAGUUAAAAUGCAAUACACAUCAAGUCAACAACAACAGCAACAUCAAUACAAAUUUCAUAAGCAGCCUUUACCAUCAAGAGUAAAUCAUGAGAACAUGAAGCACUUACAAAAUUAUCCAACUCAUAAAAGACGUAAAACACGUCAAUUACGUCUCUUUAUUGUCAUCAUACUAUUGAUAACUAUAUUUUUAAUAUGUCGUCUUCCAACAUGGAUAUUUCUUUUAAUGCGAGUAUAUGGAGUUUAUAAUCGUUCUAUCCAUUGGAUAAUGCAUUAUUCUUUUGGUAUCCUCUCAUUAUUCAAUUGUGUUUUGAAUCCUUUCUGUUAUACAUUUAUGGCUGAAACGACACGCUUUAUAUGCGCCACUGCAAAGAUAUUUAAAAAUUUCAUAAAAUGUUUUGGUGAUAUUAUAUUUAGACCAUUUGUUUGCAUUUGGUAUUUGCUUAAUCCAAAACUUAAUCCAAAAAAUCAUUCUAAUUAUCAAAUUAGCGUUAUGUGA